AUGGAUAUAUCUCUUACUAUUCGCGCUCUGGCUGCAACAGCCUCCCUCUACUGGGUCGGAUGGAUAUUCUACGCCAAAUGGCUCCACCCCCUGGCCAAGUUCCCCGGUCCUGCGUUGGCUGUUGUUUCCCGACUUUGGGUGGUCCUGCAUGUUGCUCGUGGACAGGCGGAAACGGAGCAGAGGCAGCUGCAUGAGAAAUAUGGCCCCAUCGUCCGAAUUGCCCCUAACGAGCUCAUCAUCAAUGACCCGCGGGCAGUUAGGGCCAUCUAUGGCGUCAACUCGCAUUGCAUCAAGACCGACUUCUACCUCCCCUUUCGAUCCCCCUUUGCUCGUCAUCCCGACCACCUCACUGCCACCGAUGAAAAGUACCAUGCCAGUCGUCGCAGAAUCACCAACAACAUCUACUCCAUGACCAGCAUCCUACAAGCAGAGAAAUACGUUGACAAAUGUACCGACUUAUUCCUGCACCGGCUCGGAGAAAUCGCCGAUGGCAAAGGCACCGUGGACAUCUUUUACUGGGCUCGCAUGUACGCAUACGACGUAGUCGGCGAAUUUUAUUUCGGUCGCAUGCUGGGCUUUCUGGAAAACAGACACGACUACCUCGGCUACAUCAAAUCAAUCGACACGAUGAUUCCAAUCAUGGCCGUGGCUGGUGUCAUGCCCACGUACAUCCGGUCUGUUUUCAUGUUCGGCGGACUGCUCUUCUCCCGGAUGAGAGAGGCUCUCUCAGCCCUAAGCACCCUCACCCAAGCCGCGGAUGCAGCGGUCGAGGACCGCGUACAGGCCCAACAGCGAGGCGAUGAACAAAAGCCGGAUGUACUGUCCAAGAUACUCAAGGUUUAUCAUGAGCAGGGAGAGAAGUUGGACUUUAACCUGGUGGAUGUGAAGAUGGAAGCCUUUGGCGCGUUUUUCGGAGGCAGCGAUACCACUGCGAUCGCCUUAUCCGGAACAUUAUACCACGUUCUCAAAAACCCACACAUCUACCACACCCUAGUCGAGGAGAUCGAUCGAGCGACCAUCAACGGCGACCUCAGCACACCCCAUCUAACCUACCACGAAGUGGCCAAACUCCCAUACCUCAACGCAUGCAUUAGAGAAGGAAUGCGAUUCCAUCCGAGCGUGGGCUUGUCGCUUCCUCGCCAAGUACCCAAAGAAGGGAAACAGGUCGCUGGCUACUGGAUCCCGGGGGAUGCUCGCAUCGGAAUUAACAUGGCGGUCAUGCACCUGGAUUCAUCUGUCUUUGGGAAGGAUGCGGACAGAUUUAAUCCGGAGAGGUGGCUUGUCUCUGGGGCGGAUGAGAUGAAUCAGUAUAUUCUUGAGUUUGGGGCGGGAUCGAGGACAUGUAUGGGCAAGAAUAUUGCAAUGUGUGAGCUUUACAAAGUUAUUCCCGAAUUGCUCCGGUCGUUCCAUUUGGAACUGGAGGCUCCCGAACAGGAUUUGAAAAACACGUCUUACUGGUUCUAUAAGCCGGAUGAAGUUAUUUUGAAGGUUAGGCGAAGAUGAACCCCAUCGAUCCGUCUGCUGGGGCGUAUCCGGAAAAAGGGACCUGUUGUGGUAAGCAUGGUGGAUGUUUGUAGGAAAGAUAGAU